GGCAAUGAGUUUUCAUUCAAAGCCCCAUUUAAAUACCUUUGAAUUUCGUGCCAAUGCGCGAUGACAUCAUCACACACGCUAUAGGAGAGACCAGCACCAGAGGGAAAUGAACGAUAACCACCGGCCACUAGACCACCAGGGUGAGUGACAUACAGUAACAUGGGUGUGGUCUACAGUGGGUGUGGUUUAGUUCCAUCAUCGGCCCUCCACCACAUAGGGCAGAAGAAUUCUGGCCCUCGAUACCACAGAAGUUGGACAGCACUGGUCUAGCCUAUUGAAUUAUUAUUAGUGCUUUGAAAAAAGGACUUAAGUCAGAACCUAUGAAAGAGAACUUAAAGCUACCAUGUCCAAUUCUGUUGAAAUUCAUCAUUCCAGUUCUACAAUGGAUUUUUCAACAAGAAGUUAUGACGAUGAACCUGAAAUUUACAUUUGCCCAAAAGACGAGAGCGUUAAAUUUGGAGCUGCAGCAGUGCCCUUCUUUUACUACACUGUGUUCACCUUCAGUUUGCUGGGUAAUUGUCUUAUAUUGUUUCUGCUACUGAAGUAUGAGAAGAUAAAGACUGUUACCAACUUGUUCAUCCUGAAUCUUGUGAUAUCCGAUAUAUUAUUUACCAUCUCACUACCCUUUCAGGCUUUCUAUCACAGCAAUGAGUGGGUAUUUGGAAACAGCAUGUGCAAAGUAGUUUCAUCUGCAUUCUUCAUUGGUUUUUUCAGUUGCAUCUUGUUCUUGACAGUGAUGACCAUAGACAGGUACAUGGCUGUUGUCCAUGCUGUAUCAGCUGCACGUACUAGAAAGCUCAUUUAUGUAUACGUGGCUAGUAUAGCCAUUUGGGUUACAAGCUUUGUAUCUACAAUUCCGAAAUUUGUAUUAUAUGGGACAAGAAUUGAUUCUUCUGCUGGCAUUCUGUGUGAGGAAACUGGAUACUCUGCUGAGAAGAUAGAUACAUGGAAGCAAUUUGGUUAUUAUCAGCAACUUACUAUGUUCUUUCUUUUCCCACUGAUUGUGAUAUUGUACUGCUACACUUUAAUUAUAGUAAAACUUUUUUACACCAAAAUGCACAACAAAGAUAAAGCUGUAAAAUUAAUAUUUGUAAUUGUACUUGCAUUUUUCAUUUGCUGGACUCCUUAUAAUGUAGUGAUAUUAAUCAAGCUUUCCCAGGGAGAUACAUGUAAUGAUUAUAUAGACAAUGCUUAUUAUAUUUGUCGGAACAUUGCCCAUUUGCAUUGUUGUAUCAAUCCAUUUUUCUAUACCUUUGUUGGAACCAAAUUCCGGCGACAUUUGUCAACAUUAUUUGGUACAAAUUGUUGGUCCAUGUUUAGACGUUCCAGUUCAAGUAGUAGGACAACUGAAUAUUCUCCUCAAACCAUUUAUGAAUGAAAUCACUUUGCUAAUAUAUAAUGCUAGUUUACUGGCCUUAUUGGAUAAGCAUUUUGGUUUUAAAACCUGCCUAUAUAUUUUACUGCAAGAAACAUAUUUGCAUUUGAGUUUCAUGAUCACAGUAUAUUUUGUUAAGAAAAUUACAUUUCUAAUAGUAAUCUGCAGCUUGCCUUUAACACUUUGCAGAUAAUUAGGAUUAUAUAUAACCAUGUUUAUUCUGAUUUGCCGCUUAACUACUUUUAAUGCAUUUGCAAAUAAAGAUAACCGUAACUUCAAAAUGGCAAAGGUUUGUGUAAAAUAAAUUCAUGAUUUUUAGGCAAUGCGCAUUUUGAGACUUUUUUCAAUACCUUGUUAAGCAGGGCAGCAUAUUGUGACAGUAUUUUACAUGUAUUAAAUUGUAAACAAUGUUAAUUAUUGCAACACAGUGAUAUUAAAAUUUGCAAUAC